UGAAAACUAUCUGGGUGCCUUCAAUCACCGGGUGACUGUCCCACUUUAGACACAAAACUGAGCUGGGUAACCGGGCCAAUCACUAGGAGACAAUGAGUACUAGUUCCGCCUUAAGUGGGAAAGCCAGCUGGGUGACUUUGAACCAAUCACCAGGAGACUGAUUUCUAGUCCCACAUGCUUGAAAGCUGGUUGGUUGACUUUGGGCCAAUCGCCGGGUGGCAGUGAGUUCUAGUCCCACCUUAGGCAAGGGAAGUUUUCUGAGUGACUGGGUCAGUCCUCUCAGCCAAUUCCACCUUGCAGGGUCAUUGUUUUGGGGAAAACGGGAGAAGGAAGGAAGUGGCUCAUUCCAUACCGAGCAAUUAAGACCCAAUAAUAAUAAAUUAAAAAUAAUAAUAAACAAAUCAUCCCGCACCCAUCCCAGUUCUGUUCAUUAGACGGCAAAGAAGCUAAAUCUGUCAAGACUUGAGUCUACAAAGUGGGAAAACCGGGCGCGCAGGCGCACUGAGGCCAAGCGAAGCCAAACGCCUCCGUCACCCGCCUGGAAUGCUAGGCAGGCGCUGCCAGCCUUUUCCCUUCUUGCAUGUGGGGGCGGGGGGAGGGGAGGCGGAGCAUCGGCAGAGGAACCUUGCAGAACGCCGAGCAGGGGCCGCUGCAGAGGAGGGGGGGCAGCCAGGCAAGCAAUAGACCCCUCUUUAGACGGAAUAAGCGAGAAGACCCCCCCCCAAUCCACCUUCCUCGCUCCACCCCUGGACCUUUUGAUGGAGAGCGCAACCCCCCCCGCGAGCAAAGGAGCAGCGGGGCUCCCUGGAUCGGGUAGCCCGGCAGCAAAAUGCUGAUAGUUGAAAAGACAGCUGACCAGCCAGCUCCCGAGUACUCCCUGGUAGAAGAUGCUGCCCUCCACUUCACGUGUUUGAUGGACAGGCUGAACGCGCAGCGCCUUUUCCAGCCUGACUUGUGCGACGUGGACCUUGUCCUGGUAGAGCAGAAGACCGUCUUCCCGGCCCACAAGGGGGUCCUGGCAGCCUACAGCCAGUUCUUUCACUCCCUCUUCAGCCAGAACAAGCAGCUGCAGAGAGUAGACCUUUCUCUGGAGGCCUUGACCUCCGUUGGUCUUCAACAGAUUUUGAACUUCAUCUAUACUUCGAAGCUCUUGGUCAACGCCUCCAACAUUCAGGAUGUCCUGAAUGUGGCCUCUGUCUUACAGAUGACCGACAUUGCUUCCUCCUGUCAGGAACUCGUCACCACCAGAGCUCUCGGCUUGGCCAUGACCAACAAUAUGGCGUUGACUUCGGACAAUUGUAGCAAAGCCACCCCACCUUCUCAGUUCUUCUGUGACAUCAAGCAGGAAAUGGACCCUCCACGCCCUAAGAUCUUCACCCAAGAAGGGAACGUCCCAUAUUCUGUGCGGGUGGAGGAUGGCAACCAAAAUCACCCUGCUGUGGCCAACAAGACAUUCUACAAGGAAGAGAACCAUGGGGGUCCACCUGUCUGCAAGGUGGAAGGGGACGCGUCUGAGGGUCUCCCGGGCAGCCGAGGUUCCUACAGCCAUGGUGAGCAGAUCAUUGUAGAGGUCAACCUUAAUAACCAGACCCUCAAUGUCUCUAAAGGUGCAGAGGGACAGCUUUCAAUGGGCAGCCAAGUGGCUCCAGAAGCUGGACGGCCAGAAGGAGAAGGAUGUUCCUCGGUGGUGGACCAAGAGCAGGAAAAUGGGGGCAAGGAAGAGGAAGAUGAUGAUGCAGAUAUGGGCGAUGAAGAUGAGCACUCGGAAGAGGAAGACCUGGAAGAGGAGGACACCUCGGAAGAGGAGGAAGAAGAAGAGGAAGAAGAAGAGGAGGAGGAAGAAGAGGACAGAGGGGACAAUGACAGUAACAUAACUGAGAUUCGUGGGGAGAAAACUGGAGCACCCCAGAGGACUAGGCUGCUUACCAAGGUCACCAACCCAACCAUGUCCCCCAAAACUGGUGAAGUUGCCACUAUGAUGGAAGAAGGAGAGGAGGGAGAAGAUGAAGAUGAAGCUGCUGAGAAUGACAGCAAGGUCAAGAGAGCUAAGAAGCAGAAGAAGGACCAGGAUCCUCCUGGUCAGAAGGUCAAGCUGGAGGAGAAGCAACAUUAUCCGUGCAAGAAGUGUCCCCGGGUGUUCAACAACCGCUGGUACUUGGAGAAGCACAUGAACGUCACGCACACCCGCAUGCAGAUCUGCGACAAGUGUGGCAAGAGGUUUCUGCUGGAGAGUGAGCUGGUCUUGCACCAUCAGACGGACUGCGAGAAGAACAUUCAGUGCAUGACUUGUGGGAAGGUUUUUAAGAAGCUCUGGUCCCUCCAUGAGCACAACAAAAUUGUCCACAAUUACGCCGAGAAGAAAUUCUCCUGCGAGAUCUGUGAGAAGAGGUUCUACACAAUGGCACACGUGCGGAAACACAUGGUUGCUCACACCAAGGACAUGCCGUUCACCUGCGAGACGUGUGGGAAAUCCUUCAAACGCAGCAUGUCUCUGAAAGUCCACUCUCUGCAGCACUCGGGCGAGAAGCCGUUCAAAUGCGAGAAUUGCAAUGAGCGGUUCCAGUACAAAUACCAGCUGCGUUCCCACAUGAGUAUCCACAUCGGCCACAAGCAAUUCAUGUGCCAGUGGUGUGGCAAAGACUUCAACAUGAAGCAGUAUUUUGACGAGCACAUGAAAACACACACAGGUGAAAAACCAUACAUCUGUGAGAUCUGUGGGAAAAGCUUCACCAGUCGUCCCAACAUGAAACGCCACCGGCGGACACACACCGGAGAGAAGCCCUACCCUUGCGACAUCUGUGGUCAACGGUUCCGGUUUUCCAACAUGCUCAAGGCGCACAAGGAGAAGUGUUUCCGAGUCAGCAACUCACCAGCUGCAGAUCCCAAUCGAGAUACAAAUUCUCUUGGUCUCCUCACUUCUCCAAAUGCCAACUCAACUCUUUUGACUGCUGGUGUUCCUCUCCAUUCGACCUCGCCUUCCCACGUGCUUCCUUUGCCUAUUAGACAUCCUCAUGCACACCCCAUACCUCCUCCUCCUCCUCUUCUACCCCCACCACCAGCUCUUUUCCCCGGUAGCAGAUUGAACAUGGACAACUAGACUUCAAUCAACUUCUGGUGCAUGAAACUUGCCUUGUAAUUCUCAAGGAUUCCCCAAUGCCAUUGAUUGUGGUGGGUUUGUGAUGAGCGGGCAUCAUGUUUGGGUUUAGUUUGAGGGACCUGAGGUUGUUGCUUCUUCAACGGAAGCAUCCAGAACUUUGAGAUCUUCAACAGAAGCAUCUAGAUUCUAGACUCUAGAACCUUGAGAUUAUGGUUGCUACUCAAGCCAUGAAGAUAACAUUGUUGAUCUUUUUGCUCAUGGAAGAAGUCAGCCUAGUUUUGCUUGACCUGCUCUUCUGAGAUGCUUCCAACUCCUAUAGCCGGAGAAGAAACUGAGGAGUUAUUUCUUGACUCUGAAGACCUUGAGAAGAUGCCUUGAUAGAGCUUACAAGGUAGGAAGACACAGGCAAGGACUUUCUGAACUUAUCUGGUCAGAUAUGGGUUUGGAGGGAUCAAAAGCAGAUAGUUUCUCUUGGAGGUUGAAAUGGGAGAUGCCUUCACCCAAGUCAAGAAGCUUGUAAGGGAGCACGUCAGCUUUUUAAUGGGCCUCUGAAUGGGAAUGGAGAAAUAUGGAAACCUUGCUUCAUGGAACUGAAAGGAAAUGGCAAGAUGUGGACAAUAAAACUGUCCUUGAUGUGAGAAAGUGGAUUCUCAAGUGUGUGACCUUGUAACAGCUUCUUCCAAGGUCAGCUUCUCAUUCAUUUGCUCUUGCCUAUCCUUUGGUACAACUUUCUGUUUUUCAACUUUUGUAGCGUGAAGCUCAACUGGCCUCUUCUGAAGGUGAUAUCACUAAAGAUGAAAUUCUUCCCUCACUAAUAGUCCCUUGAAAACAGUAAGAUCCCUUUCCUUGAUUAUCAAUGAGGCUUAAAUCCAGCAUCUUUACAUAUUAUGGAAUCCUCAUGCAGCCUAGACACCAUAACUAAGUCUAUAAAUUUUGAUUUCUACUCUACACCUACUAUUCUUGAGGAAAACGCACUUCCUGAAGAACCUCUUCUAAAAUUAACAUUACCUUCUCUGCAAGCUCUGUGGAGGAAGAAGGCGUUGAGCCUUUAAAGACAUUUUUAAACAUGAAACGUUGGUUCCUUUAACUUUGUUUUUGUUUUUUGCACUUUAUUAUCUAAUCCUAAGAGCUCUUUUGCAAUAGGACCUUUGUGAGUCCUUCUAGAAGAACAGAACUCGGGGGCGUCGUUGGUUGAGUUGUUCUACGGUUGUCUUUUCAUUUCCAAGGCAAAGACCCCCAAGACAAAAUGGGCCAUAUUUCAAAGAUUGACCCAUUGUAUGGUAGAGUCGCACGCUGUAAGUAUUUCACAGGAGAAAGGUGUUCCUUGAUCCGACGUUCGCAUCUUUGGUGAAGUUUGAUGGAUUCUCUUUGACGAGAAGAUCCAAGAACUUUGUUGGUUGAUGUGUAUGUCCAUAUGAGCAGGGCUGGCCCCUGGAACAACCAUCACAAUGCACAAACGGACAAGGAAAUGCUGCGGAAAGGCUGUGACGUCAGCAAAUGUGCAAUAACAAUGAACUGGUGGACAAAAGACACAUAUUGAUUGUGGUUUAUUGUCUGUCUAUUCCUUCCUGACCAAACUCUUAAAAUGAUAGUUAAGAUUAGAAAGAGAGAGACUCUUAACAUCCUUUGAAACUUCUCUACAGAUAAUCCUCAGCUUAUGACCGCAAUUGAGAUGUCCGUUGUUGAGCAAUGCAGUCGUUCAGCCGCAUCUAAUUUGACAGCUGUUUUUUGCCACGAUUGUUAAACGAGUCAGGCGGUCAUUAAAUGAAUUGCAUGGUUGUUAAGUGAAUCUGGCUUGCUCCACUGAUCUUGCUUGUCAGAAUCCACCUGGGAAGGCUGCGAAUGGCGAUCACAUGAUCCCGGAAUCCUGCAACCAUCCUAAAAGUACAUGCUGGUUAUCUGAAUUUUGAUCAGAUGACUAUCGAUAGUCGUAAGUGCAAGGACCAAUGGUAACUAUUUUUUUAACACUGUCAAAUGGUAAUGAAAGAAAUGGUCGUAAGUUGAGGAAUAUCUAUAGUAUAUUUAGGAAGGAAGGAAGGAAGGAAGGAAGGAAGGAAGGAAGGAAGGAAGGAAGGAAGGAAGGAAGGAAGGAAGUCCAACUAAUUUUAUGAUUGCCUGCUAUUUGACCACCUAAUAUUUUUAUGGCAUUUGUUAUCUACUGCCCAGUUAUCCAUAAAAGCAAAAAAUAAUGCUCACCAAUAAAUCUUAGUAUUGGAAAAAUACUUUAUUCUGUAUAGAUCUAUGGAAGGGGAAAUCUGAGAUCCCCCCCUUUUUUUAGAGCAUCUUAAGAAUUCCUGUUGAAAAAACAUUGCGGCGUUCCUUUUAAGCGCAGCUGGGGAAGGUUUUUCCACAAUCCUAAUCAUCACACUAAUGGGUGUCCACUUCCAAACAAGUGGGGGGUAUGCAAGUAGUCCUCAAGUUAAGACCAGAAUGGAGCCGUCCAAAUGUAGGGCAUUUUUUUUUAGCUUUAUUGCGGUGUCAUUGAACGCUGCCAUUACCAAGCAAAUAUAUUGUUCCCUAUAGUUAUGGUUUUGCUGAAAACCGUAGUAAGUGGUGCUUUACAAAACCAUUGUAAAACAUCACGUGCCUGCUGGAUUUUGCCGAGUGCCCAGAAUUCAGUCAUGUGACCUUGGAGAAGUGUCGGAACAUAGAAACUGGGCCUUAAUCCUCUUUUGGGGGGUCUGUCGUAACUUCAGAGGUUCACUAAGUGACCAGUUGUAAUUCAAGGAUUAGCUGUACUUUAUAGUGCUCUUAGAAGCAAGGAGCAUCAGGAGAAAGGUUUAGGAAUAGAUCUGAAUCAAUAUACUUGUAGUAGGAUAAUUAACUUCUCUUCCCCAUAAAUCUUGCCCUGUAAAUGUGCUAGAUUCGCACACGAUCCUCUUCUGCACACCAAAAUACCCUUUUAAGUGGCAGAGGGGAGAGGGAGGGAACAGUUGCUUACCUAAACAUAUUUCAGGCUGCUUCUCGUUCUUGUGGCCCGUAAUUCCCUAUGCCUUUCUCCGAAUGGAUGAAAUUAAGAAGCGUUCGAAAUUCCUGCCAAGCUGCUAGUCCUCUUGAGGAGACUCAUGCUUGCUGAGUUUUGAAGGAGAUCUGACUUGAGUUAGCUGUUUGUGAGACGUGUAUCUGCCCUUCUGCACGUUAACGAGGGUGUGUGUGUCUUUUGCACUAGUGAUAAGAUUUCACGAGAAUUGUACUCAGUGCUCCCUUCCUGAAAAUGGGUUCAGCACCUGUCACCCCAGGUGCUGGCAAUGGGAUUAAGGACUCCGGGUCUUUGGAGAGCUAAUUGUAAGUAGUGCAAAGUUUACGUCAAACUUGGAAACCCACCUUUUAAACCUAGAAUAAAAGGGUGAUUUCGCUAUGACUGCCCUGUUCUUGCAGAGACUGUAAUUGUUCUCAACAAACAACCAUAACGAGGUUACGUUGUGAUGACUGUAAGUCAGAUCGGUCGAACGACCUUGUUUGUGGCAGUUGUUAAGUGAAUGCAGCAGUUGUAAAACCAACUGCAUGGUCACGUGACCGCAGGAUGCCAAAAGUGACCACAAAUGCAGCCAUAUUGCUGAGUACUCAAAGCCAUGUGAUCAGAGGAUAGUGACUGUCACAACUUUUUCCAGGAAAGUUGUAACUUCAAACAGUCGUUAAGCAGCAGGGCUUAUGUCAAGGUCUACCUGUACUGCAGUGUUUCUCAACCUUGGCAACUUUAAUGCAUGUGGACUUCAACUCCCAGAAUUCCUCAGUCAGCCAUAUUGGCUAGAGAAUUCUGGGAGUUGAAGUCCAAGCCUCCUAAAAUUAUUGUGUGAAACCCACUAAAUGUGUUUGCAUUACGUUUGCAUAACCGUUUUUGGGGAAAUUCAGGAAUUCUUUCAGCAUGCCUGGAGGGUAUCAGAACAGGAAAACCUUGGCCAGAACUAAACCUGAGUUUGCUUCUAAUAAAAGACUUUCAUAUUUUAAAAA